AAUGGGAUGUUUUUAAUCUAGAAAUGAAAAAAUGAUUGAAGAAUAAAUGGAAUAAGCAGCAAUGAAUGAAUAAGAUAAAAGUAUUAAAAUAUAAUAUGUUGUUAGAUAAUGACUUAGAUCUAGUGAGUUGUUCUUGUUCAGAAAGUGUAAUUAGUGAAAAUAAAACUACUAAGAAAGUAUCAAUAGAAGAAUGUCGAAAUUCUUUUAAUAAAAGUAUUGAUUUGAUGGAAGAAGUGAACAAAAAACUAGAAGCAUUUUCAGGAAAUGAUUCAGAUUUAUCAGAUAGUGAAUUAAAUUGAU